ACAAAACCUACCACCUACAAACCCGCAAACCCACCACCAAAUUGAGCACAAAUUAGCGGUGGCGGAGCUCCGAACACGGCCGUGGCGACCUUGAGGGCAGUGUUUGAACAAAUUUUCUGGGUUGGUUCGAAAAACGGAGGAAUAGGUUUCUAAUUUGUUUGUGGUCUUUAAAUUUCUGGGCGAAAAUCGAAAAAAGAUGGUUUUUUUGGGUGGAUUCUCGCCAAAAGAACAACAGAGGUGGCUUGAUUUCAAAAAUGGCGAGAUGAAGUUUAUGGGUGUUGAUUCUCGCACCAAGAGAAUAGAAAUCGUGGUGGGAGUGGGGGCUGCAGUCAGGGGAAGUGGUUGGACGUGAUUUUGGUUUGGUUUGGUAGUUUCGUCUUGGGGUGAAGGUGAGGUGGUGGUGGUUUGGUUUUAUUUGGUAGGGUGGCAGUUGAGGUGGUGACGGUUAGGAGGUGGCUAGGUGGGGAGGCGAGCAGGGGCUGCGAGGUGCUGAUGUGGCUGCGAUGGAAAUAGAUGGCUGGUUGAUGACGAUGGCGGUAUAGGCUGAUGUAAUUUGGGUGUUGUUGUGGUGGGUUGUUUUGUGGUGGCGGAAUUGGUGGCGAGGCGUGCUGUGUUGUUUCUGUUUUUUAGGAGUGAGAAGGGAAAGUGAGUUAGAUGAAGAUAGGGGGUGAAGGUUGGAUUAUUCUUGGAUAAACAAAAGGUUGGAUUUUUAAGGGAAGAAAGUGCAAAGUAAGCAGGCGAGCCAGCACGUGACUAUCCAAACACCCAGACUAAGGGAGUAAGGGGGCGUAGUCUCUGCUGCAUCAACAACUCUGCUGCAUGCGACGCCAAUAAUCAAUAUAGAAAUCAUGCUGGGAUUAUCAUAUGGUGAAAUAUUCGUUAUUCUUGGAGCAACUGCUGCUCUUAUCGGGCCUAAGGAUCUUCCGCUCAUUGCAAGAACUGCCGGUCGAUUAGCUGGCAGAGCUAUUGGUUAUGUUCAAUUAGCUCGUGGUCAAUUCGAAAAUGUCAUGCAACAAACUCAAUUUCGUCAGGUAAAUAAAGAAUUGCAAGAUACUAUGGCACAGCUAGAAGCUAUUCGCUAUGAAAUUAGCAGCAUUUCCGUCAUGAACCCUGGUCCAUUGACGCGAAGGCUGAUGGAUAAUCCUGACCAAGAUAAUAUGAACACAGGGGCAACUGCCAAUACUGGGCCUCUAAAUAUCAGUGACGAGAGCACUGCUCCUAGGGAACACCUGGUCCAACCUCAACAAAUCCAACAACAGCUGCAUAGCUUUAAGACAGAGACUAGUGUGUUUAAGGAACAUGGCUCAGUGGCUUCUGGAACAUCCAAUUUGUAUAGUCAAGCUACAGCUUAUGCUAAGUUGGCAGAAACCCCUGCAGUAAAAUCUGGGACAAUAGAAGGAAGUGUCAGUAUGGACACAGUUGAUGACAGACCUGGCCUUCUGUCAGUCCUUCCUGUAUCUGCUGAGAGUGCAGGUUUACUGCCAAAUCGUCAAGGUGAAGUAACAGGUUCUGAUAUUGUUCUAGAAGCAAUGUUAGAGGCAGAAGUUGCUCGCAAUGCCAAAGAAUUUUUCUCCCAGCCACAGAAUGAAAUCAAAUUUGAAUAAGUUACAAUAUUCAGCUCCGAAAAUUUGAACAAAAGUUUCGAAUACUACAUAUUCUGUUGACUGUUUUCAGCAACUGUGACUGUAGGAUUGUCUUUGAACUUGUUGCUUGUAGGAUUGUCUUGGAGUAACAAGUGAUACACCAACUUAAAGGAUUAUUUAUCUAGUCUACAUGACUACAUGGACCUUUGCAGAUCAAACAUAGUUUAAAACUUUUAAAUGACUACUAUUGCGAUCUUUGCCUAGUACCUCUAGAAAAGACCGAAAGAGGUAAUUGCUGAACAAAUUCAGCUUUUCAAAUAGUUUCCAUUAGAUAGAAUUGAAUGAACUGAUUUUUCACUGGUGUAUACUUGUUUCAGAGCCUAUUCAAAUUUCAAUCAAUUGACUUGACUAUCAUCACCAAUUUUUCUUCAGACUUGUGCUAAUUCUCUUUGAAUCUUAUAGUUGCUGAAAGAGUGUGGAGAAUGACAUAGCUUGUAAUAUUGAGGGGCAAGAUUGGUGCAGAAAUUAGGCUUAUGUUGGAUAGCUUGGAUUAAAUGUGUUGAAAUUCUGGAGGUUUUCAUUCCUGGAUAAGUUCCCUCUUUCCUUGAUUAAUUUAUGUGGGUUGUAUAUGGGUUCAUUGAUUCAUAACAUUUCAUUCAUCUUAAAAGGGAGUGGGGUAAAGAUGGGGAAGACUUGGGUGCUUUUUGUUCUAUGU